CAGAGCGUCGCUGCCCUGUAGACGCCCGUAGAGCGUGAGAGCCCUUGGAACACUGCUCAUCGCAGCCGAGGUGACCGUGAGUCGCCGAUCAGGGCCCCAGUGCCGACCAUACCGCCCAUCCAGCCUUUCUGCCAAGCACCGCGCCCAAGGGCUUGAGGCGCCGGCACUAUGGCGAACCACUUGGCGAGCAUCUUCGGUACCGAGAAGGAUCGCGUCAACUGCCCCUUCUACUUCAAGAUUGGAGCAUGCCGCCACGGAGACCGCUGCUCGCGGCUGCACAACCGCCCCACCAUCAGCCCCACCAUCCUGCUGCAAAACAUGUACCAGAACCCCAUCCUGAACGCGCCGCUGGGCCCCGACGGCCUGCCCAUGCCGGUGGACCCCAAGAAGGUGCAAGAGUUCUUCGAGGACUUCUACGAGGACAUCUUCCUGGAGCUGGCCAAGUUUGGGGAGGUGGAGUACCUCAACGUGUGCGACAACCUGGCUGACCACAUGGUGGGCAACGUGUACGUCAAGUUCAGGGACGAGGAGGAGGCCGCGCGCGCGCUGCAGGGCAUGCAGGGGCGCUACUACGCGGGCAAGCCCAUUGUGGUGGAGUUCUCGCCCGUCACCGACUUCCGGGAGGCCACGUGCCGGCAGUAUGAGGAGAACAACUGCUCCCGGGGCGGCUACUGCAACUUCAUGCACGUGCGCCCCGUGUCCCGCGAGCUGCGCAAGCAGCUGUUUGGCCGCUACAAGGGAGGCACAGGUGGCAGCACCAAGUUCCACGACGGCUCAUACUCCAAGCCAGGCAUGGGCGGCGGCGGUGGCGGGUACGGUGGCCGCGGCGGCGGCGGGGGCCGCUACGGCGACCGCGGCGGUUACGGAGGCGGCGGCGGGUAUGGCGGCGGCGACCGCGGGCGGGAUCGUUACGGUGGCGGCGGCGGUGGCGGCUACGGCCGCCAGCAGCGCGAGAACUCGGCGGAACGCCGUGCCCGCAUCGCUAAGUGGAACCAGGAGAUGGGAGGCCAGGCGGGCGGUGGCGGCGGCGGCGGCGGCGACGGCGGCUAUGGCGCCCCCGCGGCAGCGCCUGCGGCCCCCGCCUAUCCAGGCUACGGCGGCGCCUCGACCGCGGCCGCCCAGCCGCCUGCGCCUGCCGCAAACUACGGCCAGCCGGCUGACGCAGCAGCAGCAGCCAACCCGUACCAGGCGUACCAGCAGUAUGGGCAGCAGCCGGCGCAGCAGCAGGCGCCGCCGCAGCAGCCCGCGUAUGGCGGCAUGGCGAUGCCGUCAGCACCGCCAUCUCACGGCGUCACUGGCUCCAACACCAUCCCCAUCGCCAACAUGCGCCAGUUCCCCGCCUACCCGCAGCAGUGA